UCUCGCGGCGCUGGGUUUCCUGGUUAAGAUGGCGUCCCCCGUAGCAGCACAGGCCAGGAGGCUUCUGCGAGACGUGGCUCUCAGGCCCGCGUUCCUGGCCGCCCGGUCCCAGGCAGUUCAAUUAACCUCCAGAAGAUGGCUGAACCUGCAGGAAUACCAGAGCAAGAAACUGAUGUCUGACAAUGGAGUGAGAGUUCAAAGAUUCUUUGUUGCAGACACUGCAAAUGAAGCUCUUGAGGCUGCUAAGAAACUAAAUGCAAAAGAAAUCGUUUUAAAAGCCCAGAUCUUAGCUGGAGGAAGAGGAAAAGGUGUCUUCAAUAGUGGUUUGAAAGGAGGUGUUCAUUUAACAAAAGAUCCCAAAGUCGUGGGACAGCUGGCCAAACAGAUGAUUGGAUAUAAUCUAGCCACAAAGCAAACUCCAAAAGAAGGUGUGAAAGUUAACAAGGUGAUGGUUGCUGAAGCCUUGGACAUUUCCAGAGAAACUUACCUGGCGAUUCUGAUGGACCGGUCCUGCAAUGGCCCUGUGUUAGUGGGAAGCCCCCAAGGGGGAGUUGACAUUGAAGAGGUGGCUGCUUCAAAUCCAGAACUUAUUUUUAAGGAACAAAUUGACAUUUUUGAAGGGAUAAAGAACAGCCAGGCACAACGGAUGGCAGAAAAUCUAGGUUUCCUCGGGCCUUUGAAAAACCAGGCUGCAGAUCAAAUUAAGAAGCUGUAUAAUCUGUUCCUGAAAGUUGAUGCAACUCAGGUGGAAGUGAAUCCCUUUGGUGAAACUCCAGAAGGACAAGUUGUCUGUUUUGAUGCCAAGAUAAACUUUGAUGACAACGCAGAAUUCCGACAAAAGGAUAUAUUUGCUAUGGAUGACAAAUCAGAGAAUGAGCCCAUUGAAAAUGAAGCUGCCAGAUAUGAUCUCAAAUACAUAGGACUGGAUGGAAACAUUGCCUGCUUUGUGAAUGGUGCUGGGCUCGCCAUGGCUACUUGUGACAUCAUUUUCCUUAAUGGUGGGAAGCCAGCCAACUUCUUGGAUCUUGGUGGCGGUGUAAAGGAAACUCAAGUAUAUCAAGCAUUUAAGUUACUCACAGCUGAUCCUAAGGUUGAAGCUAUCCUUGUCAAUAUUUUUGGUGGUAUUGUCAACUGUGCCAUCAUUGCCAAUGGAAUCACCAAAGCCUGCCGGGAACUAGAACUCAAGGUGCCCCUGGUGGUCCGGCUUGAAGGAACUAACGUCCAAGAGGCCCAGAACAUACUCAGGAACAGCGGGCUGCGCAUUAUGUCAGCUGUCGACCUGGAGGACGCAGCCAAGAAGGCUGUGGCCAGUGUGUCCAAGAAGUGACAGCUUCAUCCUGAUCCCUGGAGGAAGGGAGGCUGUUUCUCCCUGCGAAGGGGUAGUUCUCUCAUCACUGUGAAGGAGGGGUUAUCUUGGGAAAAAAAGAGGGGAAGGCACACACAAGGAUAACUGUGUGACGAAUCUUAAAUCUGUAUUUUAUUGAAUAAGAUGUCUAGACAGCCUCAAUCUGAUUUUACUUACAGUCUCCAUAAAAAUAAUGUCCUGUGUUCUCAUACUUCUCUAUCAUUUUAAGCCUGCUUAGCAGACAGUAUUUUACCAACUUUGAGUAGUAGUCUUCUGUGUCUAAAUAAUGUGAGUAUGCACAGAGUUGGAAAUCAGGUCUGGGUUUAUUUCUUAGAAUUUUGAUGAGUAUCUAAUCCUAUAUAA